UUCUCCUGUGCGUGUGCUCAGCGGGAGGUAUUUCAGUGUGAUCAUGAAACUGAAGGAAACCAGGGUCACAAGUGGAUGGCUUUUACGUUCAUCAGUACUGUUCUAGUGGUCAUUAUAAUAGUAUGCACUACAAAACCUUUAAAAAAUCCCCAAACUAUAAAAUGCUCAGGAGAAUGGAUGGGAGUAGGAUAUGAGUGUUUCUAUUUUUCCGAUGAUACCAGAAACUGGACAGCCAGUAAAACAUUUUGCAGGUCACAGGGAUUGGAACUUGCUCAGAUUGAUACACCUGAAGAUAUGGUUUGAAAUUAGUGGGAAUGGAUUUUUUGCUUUUCUGAAUGCUGAUGGAGUCUACAGUUCCAGGGGAUUUGUUGAUAUGAAGUGGAUUUGCAGCAAACCUAGAUUUUAAUAGAGGAAAAAACUGGGAUUCGUUACUAAAUCCACCCAAUCGGGGGUCCCAAUGCUCACUGCCAUACAGGCAAAACUCUGGAGAUAGAGUUCAGUGGAAAGGAAAAGGAAUAUUUUUUAACAACCACACAAUUUAAAAUAAAGGUGACUUCUGCUCAAGAAGGCAGCAUAGGCAGACAUGGCUUGCCUCUUCACAAGACCACAUCAAAAUUACAACUAAAAUGUAGACUAACCAUCACUCAGGAACGUCAAAAAUCAAGCUGAAUGGUAGUCUAACCACAAAUCAAGUUGAAUGUAAAUAUGACAACUACAGAAUUAAAGAAACCACAUCCAUCCAGACUGGGAGGGAUGCAGACAUGGAAUGGGCUGGUCCCACACUGACGUGUAUAAAAAUUCAGAGUGGAUAUCUCAGGAACAAGGAGUCCCAGACCUAAACCAGGCCCUUCAACCCAAGAUUCCAGUGCCAGGAGGAUAAGUCCCCACAACAUCUAGCUGCAACCCAGUGGGGAUUGAGUCCAUGGAGGCCGCUGCUAUAUCCCCAAGCAGUUCCUCUUAAACAACCCACACAUGGACUCACCCACUCAGACUCAUGUCCUCUGAGCUCCGGCACCACAGUAGCUGCUUGCAAGGCAAAAAGAGGCCAUUGUCCCUUUUCUAAACCCUCCCCCAACAAAGCCAGCAAGUUGGUGUUAUAUCAGAGACUCCAUCAACCUGGCUACCACUGUUUCACCCACUUUGGAGAUCCCAAGAGGCUCUGCCACACCCAGCUUACAAGCCCGCCCAAGCUGAUUUUGCUUAAGAAUGGCUGGUCCUGGCUCUUAAAUUCUAUGAAACCAGCAACAGCUGGCUUCAGUGAGCCCUAGCAGCAGCCAGAUUAGAUUCACAGGUUGGCUUCUCAUGGGAAUCUCUAAGCUCAGCACAAAUUAGCAGCCAUCUCAGAUUGCUUUACAACUCUGGCAGGGUGGGCCUGGAAAAACCACAGGUGUGGGCUAAACUUGCCUCUACUGCCCCCAGAAAACCCCAGGGUCAGUGCACCCAGUGAAUACCUACAGACCGAGUCAGAGCACCAUCACCCUGCCCCUGCACAGCUGAUCUCCCAUGGAGGGCAGAGGUUGGUAGUCAGUGGUCACAGCCAGUCCUUGCAGCUGACUGGCCUGGAUAAAUUCAUCCCAUUGAUUUGCAAAAGCAACCAAAGCUUCACUACAAGAGGAGGGUGUACUCAGCCCACACUAAGAGCACACCUCAACUACCAAGCUUGGGUGAUAUGAGAGGCUGUUCCACUGGACCUUACAGGACUCUUGCUAUAUUAGGCCACACUACCAAGACAGGGAGUCAAAGAAG